AUGGCCCUUCCUAUUGUCUUCUACGACAUCCCAAGCACCCUGCCCAACAAUGCUUGGUCACCGAACACUUGGAAAAUCAGGUAUGCCCUGAACAUGAAGUGUUUGCCCUACAAGACGGAAUGGGUGGAAUACCCGGACAUCGAACCACUUGCCGUCAAGUUGGGCGGAGCUCCUACUGGGACAAAGCCCGACGGCAGCCCUUUGUACACGCUGCCUAUGAUCAAAGACCCCAACAAUGGAAAAGUCGUGACUGACUCCCUCAUCAUCGCCGCUUACCUCGAUGAAGCCUACCCGGACAACGUCACGCUCUUCCCUGCCAACAUAAAUUCCCUCGCCGCCGCCUUUGAGGCUGAAGUCUGUGGCGCCCUAGAUCCAAUUUUGCUGCUCCUUAUCUCACUCUCCGCCUCCAUACUAAAUCCGACGAGUGCCAAAUUUUAUAAAUCCACCAGAGAGGUCAUCUUUGACAAGAAGUUUGAAGAGUUUGCCUCAGUCGGCGCGAAGCGUGCUGAAGGGUGGAAGAAGGCCGAAGAGGGGCUUGGAAAGAUAGCUGAUUGGCUGGCCACCAAUGGCGAUAGCAAGUACGUGCUGGGAGACACCGCAUCGUACGCUGAUUGCAUCUUGGCCGGAUACAUGGGGUGGGUCACGACCAUCAUCCCCGGUGCUGGUCUCAAGAGUCUAGAGAAUUGGCACGAUGGCAGGUGGAUUAAACACUUGAACGCCAUGGAAGCGUUUGCGAAAGUGCAGUAG